CGCAAUAGUUUCCACGGGCUCCUCCGGGUCUUCCCUUCAGUCUGACUCCUCACAAGGUUCACACGGUGUCUCGAGCACAACUCAACAGACUUUGAACGAUCCUCUGUUUGGUCGCUGUCCACCUGAGCGAGGGCGAUGCCUUGUUUCCAGUCUGAGGCGCAGGAGUCCACGGAGCCGGACAGGGAGACUCCCGGGGGACGAGAGGAGUCCUGCCGCCGGGAGACAGGGCGGGAGCCGCCGAUGAGCAGAGACAUGGGCUGGUUCUUCUCUCCUCUGUGGAGCCCUCGCUCCAAGACGCGCAGGUUUGGAGACCGUAUGACCCGGGACCGAGUGGAGGCCUGGCUGGAUGAUCACUCUGACUUUACCAGGGCCUACUUUCUACGCAGAGCUUCAGCGGUCAGUGUUCCACAGUCUCCACUGGUGCCCACGUUUCCCAGAAGCAGCUCUGAUCACUCUGACCUGCUCCUGAAGGCCAAUCACGGGGGAGUUUCGUCUCCACUUCCCUUCUCUCACCCGAACAUCUCCUCUGUAUCCGACCGGCUCAAAACCCUCGCCUGCUGUACGCCUGACUGGAAGGAUCCUUUCAGUCCAGAUGUUCUGGCCAUGCACUCGCCUUGUUCUCCUGGUUCUUCCCAUUUCUCUUUUCCUCCUUGUCGACCUCUUUCUCCCAUUUGCCCUGGCUCUCUUGAGCUGUCCCAUGCACCGCCUCAGCUUCUGCGGCCUACCGCUGCAAACACCACAGCCUGUGGCCAUGGUGAGGGCUGCCCAUGGAUGAUGGAGCUCCUGACAGGAGGUCUCAGUUGGAUAGGUUCUGUGGCAGAGCUCUGCCAGAGGGCUGUCCUGCACGUCGGGGAGAUACUGGCAGCUGAGGGCAGCUGCCUCUCUCUAGUAAAGAAAGACGGCGGUGGAAAGAGCACCUUAGUGGAGGUGAUUGCCCCGACAGCACUGGAGUGCCUGAGCGAGGUCAACAUCUUCAGCCACAACUACCUGGAGCUGCUGAGGGGUAUCAUGGGAUGUGUGCUGGCUACAGGGUCUCCAAUGAACCUGAAAGACACAUCAGAGUACCCGAAGUUCGACUUAGAUGAAGAUCAACCAUCAGACUGUCAGAUCAGGACUGUUCUAAGUGUGCCGAUCAAGAACCACAGGGGAGAGGUGGUAGGUGUAGUGGUCUUGAUCAAUAAGAGACAUUUUGAAGAUGGACCAACUUCUGCUUUUACUAACAUGGAUGAGAAGGUGCUAUCAAAUCACAUGGAUGUAUUGGGGAUGGUCUUGGAUAAUGUCCAGCUGUACGAGAGCUCGAGACAGGAGGCCAAACGCAGUCAGGCCUUGAUCGAGAUGGCACAGGUGUUGUCCAAGGAGCAUCAUUCCUUUGAGGUUCUGCUGAGUAAGAUGGCGGCCACCAUCAUGCCCUUCACAAAUGCUCAGUACUGCACCAUCUUCAUCCCCAGCGAGCAAACCGCAGUCAUCCCAGACGAGAUCAUGUUCUCACGUGUGAUACACCUGGAGUGCGAGGAGCUCGGAUCAACCUGCCAGGUCUACAGAAUGGAGCGGGACAUCAGCGUUAUCGAUCCAUCGUAUGCCCUCCGAACUCUGGUCACCAUGGAAACACUUAACAUGUCUGAGAGUUCUGAAGGAUCAGUAAAGAGUCUGAUCUGUUGUCCUGUUAGAAAUGAGAGGUCUGAAAAUGUUAUCGCGGUGUGCCAGCUGAUGAACAAAUGCAGCAGGGACUCCGACGACAUGGAAGCCUUCAACAAAUACGAUGAGCGUCUGUUGGAGGACCUGGCGGUGUACUGUGGCCUGGCUCUGCAGUAUGCUCAGGCCGUGCAGAUCACAGAGGAGCGAAGGGCCAGUAUAGAGGUCACACAGGAGGUUCUUGCCUACCACAUCACUGCAGCCGAACAGGAAAUCCAGGCAUUGCAGGAGGUCUCCAUUCCUUCUGCUGAGUCACUGCACAUACUGGACUUCCAUUUCUCUCACUUUGCUCUGCCAGAGGAGCUGAGCACACAGGCCACAGUUCGGAUGUUCCUGGACCUCAAAUUAGUGCAGGACUUUAACAUCGAUUAUAAGAGUCUGUGCCAGUGGGUCUUGACUGUGAGGCGUGGUUAUAGAAACAACGUGCCUUAUCACAACUGGAACCACGCGCUGAGCACUGCCCAGAGCAUGUUUGCUAUGCUCAUGGCCACAGAGCAGCUCCAGACUAUCUUUUCCCGUCUGGAGAUCUUAGCGUUGAUGAUCGCCACUCUCAAUCAUGACCUCGACCACAGAGGAGUCAGUAACUCCUAUAUAGAAAGGAGUCAGCAGCCUUUAGCUCAGCUCUAUGGACAUUCUUCUCUUGAGAACCACCACUACAACCUGUGCCUCUUCAUCCUGAACAAUGCUGGGAGUCAGAUCCUCAGUGGCCUCUCGUCAGAAGACCACAGAACUGCUCUUCACACGAUCAAGAGGGCGAUCCUCGCCACCAACCUCACCGUGUACAUGGAGAGAAGGGACGAGUUCUUUUCUCUUGCUAAGAAAAGCAGAGUGAGCUGGAAGAGUGAGAAACAGAGAGAGCUGUUGGGGUCCAUGUUAAUGACAGCCAGUGACCUCUCUGCUAUCACUAAGCCUUGGCCUGAACAAAAGAGGAUUGCCGACCUGGUUGCCAUGGAGUUCUUUGCACAGGGGGACAAAGAGAGAGAAGAGUUCAAAAUUGAACCAAUUGAAAUAAUGAACAGAGAAAACAGCACUCGUCUGCCAUACAUGCAAGUUGAAUACAUCGAUGAGAUUUGCUAUCCACUCUACAAGGCUGUGUCUGGACUGUUUGACAACUGCACCCCGCUGCUGAACGGCUGUGAGAAAAACAGACAGAACUGGCAGCAUCUGGCUGAGGAAGCAGAGGAAGAAAACAGUGAAAAUACAAGUGUAGUGAGCCUGGAAACUCAUACACACAGUGAGGAAGAGACGCAGCCCGAAGAAUAGAGGACAGACAGAAGACAGAGACUUUUUUCUUUAGAAGCAAAAAAGAAACCUGUUUCUCUCGAUCAUGUCUUGGACUAAAAAUCGACUCAGUGUCGAAUAUGUUAUUGGGUUAUACAAAUAUCUUGACUAUUGUCACAUAUGCUGUAAUUAUGUCCCAAAAAAAGGACUCAGAGCACAUAUCCAACGUAAACCCUGUCAACAGUGUCAAAUCUCACAUUGAUCUAUUUUUCCAUUUUUAAAUGAUGGCACAAGGAGAGUCAUCAUUUUAUUAUCUUAAUUUUUUUUUCUGUGCUGUACAGAGUUUUAUGAAACAUAUUUACACUUGUAAAUGCCUACUUUUGUAAAUUUGUAAAUGUUUAUCCAGAUUUGAAAAUCUUAAUUAAUAUUAUCUAAUCAGGAUCUAGCGUUGUUUCAUUUUUUAAAUACAAACUUUGGUGCACUCAGUGGUGAAAUUUGUGCUGAGAUCUACCAAAGUGCUGUUGUUUCUAAUAGGAAUCAUCAUUAACUGGACCCUAAGGCUUUGUAAUGUUCCCGAUCAGGGCUCAGAGUCUGUGUCAGCCAGAAAAUCUGCAAAAUUGGAGAAGAAAUUUCAUGUGAUUUCCAGAUCCUGAUAGUAAAAGGUCAAGGGAAUAACUGUUGCUCACUACACAUUUACAGUAUGUAGUUUCAGAACAAGGCUCUGUACUGCAUCAAAGUAUUAUUGCAAACCUUGUCUGUAGGUUUUUGGGUUAGUUGUCAUUAUUACUAAGUGUGGCUGGUCAGAGUUUCAGAAUGACCCUUCAUAAACAUUAUAGCACGUGAUCAGAAAAGGUAUUUCAGUCACUUAUAGGACCAGUGUGGUUUUAAAAAGCUUUGUACAUUCAUUGAUUUUCAUCACAUCGGAAAAUGAGAUAGCUAAUGUGUGUUCUGAUUUUCUUAGCAGACUAUUUUGUCGUAAUUUUAAUGUAUAUGCUCAUAUUAAUUCCUUAUUUUUUCCACAAUUCAAAUAAAUAAUAAACAGAUUUGGACUUAUUUCUAA